UGAUUUUAUCUUCACUAUCAUGUGUGUCAAGGGGUGGAAACCUCUUAUUCAUUGCACAGAAUAAUACCAGCUUUCAUUUCAAGCUUUGAUAACUUGCACAUCACCAGAGACAUGUACAUAGUAUAUGCAUAAUAUGCACAUGCAAGUAUUUGAAAAUAUGCAAGAAUGAGAGGCAAGUUGACUUGAAGCUCAGCACACACUAAAACCUUCUUAGCAAAGUAUUAACUGUAGGAAUGUGCUUUAGCAUGUUGUGAACAUUAAGUUCAUGCACACAUUUAGCUUGGCAGAAAGCUCUAUUGUGUGCUGGGUUUUAUUAUUCUCUGGUAUGUCUCUUCCAGAUUAAUUUAUCCAACCACAUGUUGAUUCAUGAAGCAUGCAAUUAUAAAUCAUGUUUUUGAUAUUCUGCCUGAAAUAUUUCAAAAAGAGUUCUCACAGCAGAUUGCUUCUGCCCAUUGGGCUUAAGUUGUUCAACUAAGUUUAGGUGAAACUAAGUCUUGAUUAUAAAAGAAUGGGAAUUCAAUAUGAAUAGAUGUCCGGGUCAUGCAUGUUAAGGUGGUUGACAUGAUAGAAUAUUUCUAUGUUUGUACUGUGUGCACUCAACAAUGACUGAUUUGAAUACAAAAAUAAUGAGAAAUUUACAUCAGGAUUAUUUCUCAAAAAUAUUGUUCACAACAAUUUCGACAAAAUGGAAACCAGGAAUAAUAUGCGACGUUGAUUGAAGUGUGAGGCAUUUACCACAAUAAUCACGCGUCACGAGCACUAUUAUAACCAAUCAUGCUCAAUCCAAUGGCCUCCCACAACAAGAUAAAAAAGUUUUCAGUGAAAUCGUUGAUGACAAGAUCAUGGACAAUUUUUAUACUCCUGACUUGGGUUCUAAUAAUUGCUUUCUUUUGGAUCAUGGCCUCCGUCAUUCCUCACAAGUUUCAAAAUGAUCCCCUCCUCGACCAUAUACCUCAUGUGCUAUCCUUCGAGGAUCCUUCGGAGUUGAAUUUCUUUUCCUGUCCGAAGACUUCGAAAUUGACAAGGUCUUCAAAACAUUACAAAGACGGUUUCCACUCCAUGCUCUGGCGAUGGGCAUCUGGGGAUGAGCUAAAAUUGAAGUUGGGAGAACGAUUGGUAGGUGGGAGUGCUGGUAUAGUAUUUUGGGUCUACAGAAAUGAGUCUUCUCAUGGUAACCUUACUGUGUCGUUGAGGGAUUCUAUGUCACCUAAUGGUAAUACGAUUACAAUUGCGUUUAAUGUUUCACUGAAUUUCACUGGUUGGCGAGCAUCUUGGGUCACUUUGCGCGAGACAAAUAUUUAUCUGAAGAAACCAGGUUUUGAUGAAAUCAUCUUUUCAUCUCCUGUUGAGAAAAUUUCUUCUCAAAUGAUUUUCAUGGAUCUCCUAUGCUUCAUGGAUGAAAUAUCAAUGGAAUCACGUGACAGGAUAAUCCCACCAAUCAACGGAUCCAUCUACAAAAUAACGGACACAUGGCAACAAACUUAUAGAUGGAGUCUGAUCAAGCCACCCGAGGUGAACGGAACUGCUCCAUUGUCAGCCAAGGAAAAGCAACAAAUGAAUGAUUUAUAUUUGAUUGAAAAACGUCUCGUAAAUUGGUUUGCAAACGAGAGCAUCUCUCCGACACAGUUUAGAGGGAACGUGUUAAAACGAUGGGAAACUUUGGUUGCUAGAAAAUUUCAAAAAGCAAGACUCUAUCUGAAACGGCUGAAUAUUACUGUUAGCCACGACGGCGUAGUUACCGGAUCUCCGCUGUUUCAAAGGCGCUCGCAGUUUGGUCAUUCCGUCAAGUUCGCCCCAACAGGCGGGAAUAUUAAGUUAGGCAGUGUGACGUAUCUUAUUCUGCUACCUCUUACACUGGAGUACUAUUUCUCUUCUAAGAAACAUACGAUUCUUAACACAAUCAGGAAAGAGUUAGCGAAUAUCAACAGCAAGGGUAGAAGAGAUUUAGCUGUGAAACGAAUAACCAGCCAUGACUUCGAGUAUUCGCAGUUUCUUCUCUCAGAGCUGGGCAAUUUUAAAGCGCCUUUAACGCGACUUCAUUUCCGAAACUGCUUGCGUAAUCUUAACCAGAGAAAACUGGAGACAAUAUUCUUGCUAUUGAGGUAUAUCACGGAUCAAGGGUGGACGGAAGGGAGCGCAAUGGGAUCUUUGGAUCACGCUAUGAACAAAGUAGGAAACGGUUUCAUGAAUUCGAUGUUUCUUCUGAGAAAACAACUUGCUAAAGCAGGGAAACUGGAUGAGAUUCUCAGAACUAUGAGAUGGUACAACAACUUCGGUGCAAUUUAUCAAGAACAUUUCGAGUACAGCGGUGCGACCGCUGACAGACUUCGCACGUUUAUAGUAUAUCGAUUGGAAAUCAUCCUCAUGAGCCCAGAGCGGACCGUUCAUGAUGUUAGGGCAAAAUUACGUGACAUGGCUGCUUAUGUUCGCUGGUGUAAUAACGCUUUGCUUUCCCACCCCGCAUUCCAAGCUAUGUUUAAACCUGAUCUGUCUUGCUUUCAUCAUCUGGGUGUUUAUGGUUCAGAGUAUACCCCUGACGCGUUAAUAGAAUCCUCAAUGAUCUGGUAUCUUCUCCAGGGUACUUUAUUCUCCCUCAACGAUAACUCAAAAUCCAACCUACGCCAAGGACUGUUGUCGUACGGAAGGAUGGCUGUGAAAUACUCGUUGCCUAAUUCAAUAUGUGGUCGUUUCCCAAAUUAUUUUAAAGCUCGAUUAAUUUUUAUGCUUCCAGGUUAUGCUUUCUUUGCUAUUCGACCUCAAUAUAUAAGCAACACUGGACGGCUAGAGGCUGUCUCUCUGAGCAACGAUACUGAGAUGAUAAGAUUGUUUUUACGAUUAUACGAUCCACACAAUCCUAAAGUGUUAGAUUAUUUACGAUCAAGCGGAUUUUGUGGACAACGUGCCUACUCUGCCUCCAUCGGUUCCCUGCAAAUUCUUCAAACCAUUCACAGACGAGCGAAGAACGCACAAAUUCAGCCAGCCGAGCCUGAGAGAGGGCAUUGGGUACGAAACUUUGCGGCACUUUCUGUGCAUCGUCGUAGCCACUGGGUUGUCACAGUGAAAGGCUUCAGCAGAUUCAUUUGGGAUUUUGAGCAGAGUACCAAUCAAAACAUUUACGGCCGGUAUCAGUCACAUGGUGCAUUGCAGAUAUCGAAUAGUGAAGAAAGUUUGCAGUCAUACGAUGUUCAACAUGGUUGGGACUGGACACGAAUACCAGGAACCACUUCGAUAAAGCUAAGUUUGAAGGAACUUGCCGUGUCUGGUAACAGGUUUUAUCAACCUUCAAAGCUGGUCGGUGGAGUUGUACUUACAAGCAAGUCUCCAAGUUCGGCAAAUGGGGUAUUUGGAAUGAGAUUUCAUCAGCCUUUGUAUGGUGGGCGUCAUACUGGUCAUGAUGCAAGUGGCCACAAGAAUGACGACGGAAAAGAAACGAGGAUUACUUGUAGAACUGAGGCAUGCAAGCAACCCACUAGUAACAUGAGCAAGAAUGAUAAUACUUUAAACAAAAGCAUCUUCACAAAACAAAGGACUAAAUUCAACUUCAGAAAAUCGGUAUUUUUUUACAAUUCUUUGAUAGUUUGUCUUGGUAGUAACAUCAAUGCAGUGAAUAGUGAACCACGUCGAACUCAGACCACGCUGUUUCAGGAUAAGUACUUAUUCAAUCGUUCUGUCAUCUCCAUUAAUGGUAAAUUUCAUUCCCUCGGGAAAGACUUUACACAAGAGCUGAACGGUUCAGCAGCUAUAUUGGAUUCAAACGAGAAUGGAUACUAUAUUCCGAAAGAUAUGUCGGCAAAUGUCGGUAUUCGUCGACAACACUCGAAAACAUCCGAUGGUAAAACACGUACCAGUGCUAGGUAUGGCACUGUGUGGUUAGACCAUGGUGUAAAUCCUGUAUCAGCGAAUUAUGAAUAUGCCAUUCUUGUCGCAACAGACCUCGCUAACAUAGAAGCUCUGAGAAAGGCUCAAGCCUCUGAUUCACCAGUAUACAAAGUCCUUCACAAAAGUUCCAGGGCUCAUGUGGUUCGUUUUGAAGAGAACACAGCAGUUCCUGGUUUAACGUAUGGUUAUGUUUUCUAUGAUCCAAAAAAUCUGCAAUUGAUAGAGGGUCCUGUUGAAAGUGUUAGCGCAGAGUGCGUGGUUAUGGCCCAAAUUGAUGCUCCGAACUUUUCAAAUAUGAAUCUAAGUUUGAGUUCACCUGAUUUGAACUACAAUACGACGAAGAAACUUCGAGAUUCCUCGGAUAACGGCAUCAAUGAAUAUUUCUAUAUGAGAAGUCAACCUGUUAAUAUCACAGUAUAUCUGACGAGAUCAGUUGUUUCACAUAGAGUGUUGGUGAAUGGAAAAACUUUGCCAGAAUCAAGCUUCAAUCAUUAUGUAACUGUGAAACCUGGUGACCUGCAACACCCGACAGUUGGUGGUAGAGAGGUCGUUUUCAAGAAUCUAAUAAAUGGGGAAAGCGUUGAGGUCCAUCUCACAGCUGUUGAGAAAGACUAUCCUCUGAAUUGAAAUCUUUAGUCUUUUACAAUAUAGCUGUAAGGUCUCUUUUAUUAUCUUGUGAUACGAAAAGCCUCUUGCAUGAAAGGUCACCUGAUGAGGGGGCACUGGGCAGGGCGAGACUUAGGCAAGGUCAAAGUCUCAAAGAGUGUGAAUUCACAGCUUGUCCAAGUCUACAAACUUUGUAUGUUUUUUUUUACUUUUGUGAGUCUCUGUAUGCGAAUAUUUGAAGAUUAAAAGACGAAUAUCAGCCACUAUAAUUCACCAGUCAUAUGUAGGGCUCUGUAAUACCAACGUUUGCCUGGGGCGAGUUGCUGUUUGCGGUUGAAUUCAAUCAAAUAUUGAUCGAAUUCGUCAAAUAUUUGCAUGUUUAAUACCUGGGGAAAUUCUGAACAUGCCAAGGUUCAAAGCACCAAGGGUUGACCAAAUUGUUAUUGGUCUUGGCGUGUGUGCUGCUGUUGGAGGGACUGCUUACUGUCUGCACAAAUAUAUAUUAACUCCAUCUUUACAAAUGGCGGAGACAGCUAACAUGGACAUGGAAUGUCAGUCAGUCGAUGUACCGGGAAUGCCAGGUGCAAGGAGAAGUGUUCAUUCUGAGGAACUGAUAGAAUCGUAUGAUGGUAUAACAAUU